AACACGUUUUAUUCGAAUUGAUUUGAAACUCCUUCCAUUUAGUUCCCUAAAAAAUUUCCAAUUGUGUAGACAUUUUGUCUGGCCUCAGAAAAAUAAAAUGCGCUAAAGCAUAGAUAAUACGGAAUUGAUUAUUUUUGGUAUUCGAAACACAUAGAAGGAGAUCCGCACAAGCCUCCCCAACAAUAUUUUAACAGCUAGUUUGUAAUUUAUUAAGCACAUAGCCAACAUGUUUGUGGAUGACGAGGGCAUACUCUUCAAUCCGUUCAGCGUGGGGCCGCCCGAGAGCCAGGGCCAGCGCUAUGAUUAUAAGAUGCCCAGGAGCACCACAUAUCCGGAGCCAGUGUAUGCGACCUGGCCGCCACCAAAGCAGCAUACCAACAGAUCAGUCUCGCAGGACUCGCUCGUUAGGCCAGGCGAUGUUAAGGCAGCCAAGUCGCAGAGGGGCGAAGUCUCCAUAUCGAAGGCCAUCAAUGAGGAGAUGGCGGCGGCCAAACAUUUCGCUACUGAGGACGGCCGCAUUAACGCCGGCCGCCAGUCCAGGCCGGACCUGUCUGACAAGGGGCGUGGCGGAAACUCGAUGACCGUUAUAAUGCCCGUCCGCAAAGGCGAUGCAGCCUCGCGAGUCAGCAGCGUGUCCGUUCUCGCUGUCGAGCCAUCAGUAGCCCCAUCGAGUAAGAGUAGAGCCAAGUCGAAGGCUGGCCAGCAUGAGGAUAAUGAGAGCGGGUCCUCGCACGACCGCAAACGCACCGAGUCGAACAUCACGCUGACGGCGAAGCCCAAUUUCAAUACAUCGAGGCAAAGCAACGGGGCAGACAAUGCCUCUCAGGGAUACCAUCGGUCGGGUGCCGGGGGCCAGCAUCAGGACGACAGAUCCGUUCAAAGUAGCUUUAGAGCUGAGAGUGACUCCUUCGGCUCGGGCAGGUCCAGAGCGGACAACCUCUCUCGUGUUUCGACGAGAUCUAGAGCCAGUGAACAUCAAGCAGAUAAUAUAUCGCGUGCUUCGGUGAGGUCCAAGGCGGCUGAUCGGGAUGGAGAUAUUAUAUCACGUGUUUCCGUGAGGCGCGCCAAGAACUACGAUGAUGAUAAUAUAUCGCGCGUGUCAGCCAAGUCAAGAGCUAAUGCAGAUAAUAUAUCUCAUGUUUCCGUUAGGUCCAAGGCGGCUGAUCGUGAUGCAGAUAGCAUCUCCCGUGCUUCGGUUAGAUCCAAGGCGAAUGAUCCCAAUGCAGAUAACAUCUCCCGUGCUUCGGUUAGAUCUAAGGCGAAUGAUCCCAAUGCAGAUAACAUAUCCCGUGCUUCGGUUAGAGCCAAGGCCAAAGAUCCCAAUGCAGAUAACAUCUCUCGUGCUUCGGUUAGAUCCAAAACGAAUGAUCCCAAUGCAGAUAACAUAUCCCGUGCUUCUGCCAGAUCCAGGACCAAAGAGCACAAUGAAGAUAAUAUAUCUCGUAUUUCUGCCAUAUCCAAGGCAAAGGUGAACAAUGAGGAUAACAUAUCGCGUGCUUCGGUCAAGUCCAAGUCUAAAGAUCAUGAAGAGGAUAAUGUUUCCCGUGUUUCGGGCAAGUCGAAGGCCACCGAUCGCGGCGGAGAUAAUAUUUCCGUAAAGUCCAAGGGGAAAGAUGAGACCGACAAUCCAAUACACUUCGACGGAAGCAAAGCCUCCAUAAAACAGGUGGCCGACUACGUGAAGAAAGAGCUGCAGAUGUCGAUGACUACUUCAAAGGAGCUGGGCGAAAAGGCGGCGCUGCUCAGCGAUCGCCUCAGAGCCGGCAAUGAGUUCAAGCACAAUCGCUUUCACUCCCUGGUGCGCAUGUACACUCAGAAUGAGCCACUCAAGCGCUUUCGCGAUGAUCGCAUGUCUCUCUGGUUCAAGGAUGCAGUUCUUUCCUAGGUCGACCCACCGUACAACUAUAGCUUUUUUCUAGGCCCCAUUUCUGCCCCAACCAUAAUCCUCUCUGAGUUGAAGCAAGCAAAAACAAGUAAAAGACAAAAAAAAAAAAAUUAUAUAUAUAUAAUUGAAGACUGAAGCAAAUAUCCAAAAACAGCACAAAAAAUUUUGCGAUUUGCGGUUGAGCAUUUUGCUGACAUUUCGUAUCAUUCAUUUAAAUGCGCAAAAUUCUGUGGUCGGCUGCGAAUCGUGCAGUUUGCACACUGCGCUGGACCAUAAAAUAUGCGAAAACAUUUGUUUAAUUUGCGCACGAAAAACCGUUUUAAAAAAUUAAAUCCUUUUGUUAAGCUUCGCAGCAAAUAAGCUAUCCAGGCAACUAUAUAAUGGAUAUAGCUACACGAGUUCGUGCCUUCCUUCUAUCAAUAUUUCGAAUAUCUCUGACAACAUUAAAUCUGCACUCGCUAGUAAGAUUUAAUCGAUGGAAAACUAUGUUUAGGAAAACCUAAGAAAAUAAUUAUUACAACCAAAAUUCAAGCUAAAUUUUUGUAUUAUUUUUGAAUUAUUUCCAUAUAAUGAUGAAUCUGAUUGGGGCAAUACAAAACUUUGCUCGCUGCUAACGAGGCUUUACUGUA